AUGACAAUACCAACAUUCAUUGUAAGUGAUAAUUUCCCACAUCAUCAAUUAAAUACACUUUAUAAACAAGAAUAUGGUGAAGUACGAUUUGUAUGUGAUUUAAUUGAUACGGCUUGGUGGAAACGACCAACGUUAAUAGCCACACGUAAUGGUGAUAUAUUACCGAAGUUCAAUAAACGAAUGUUAUUAGAAAAACGAGAUGGUUCAUCUAUUCUUAUAAUUAGACGAUUGCAAUCAAAUGAUACGGGAAUAUAUGAAUGUGAAACAAUGGGUGCAAUAAAACAAUAUAAUCUAACUGUUACAGGUAACUUAUGA